AUGGUGUCUCUAGGACUUCUACGGCUGCUCUUCUCGAGGGCGCCUCUUAUUCUGAAGAGAGUCAUUCUGCGGGGCCUCGGCAUGUCGUCUGUUGCUGGGAAGCAAGAUAUGCGCACUGAAUUGACAGUCGCCAUCGUUCGUUCCUUCAUGACUUUCAACUUAGGCGUCGGCACAGCGCAGAAGAAGACCAUUCGCGAUCCCGGCGUCAAGGGUCCCAUGUGGAUUUCCAAUGUCACACUGCCUAGACCCGAGGACGAUGUCCGAGAGGCUGUUCUUAAAGCGAUCGAGGAUUUGAAAACAGACGGCGAAACGUAUAGUAUCCCGGAUGUUGUCCCCGUCGAGGCCGAAUGGACCGGCUACCGAAGCGGCGUUAACAAGGAUGCGCCGCUUCCCGAUAUUUCAGAAGAGGAGAAAUACAGAGAGCUGCGAAAGGAGGCACCAGCGGAUAUGGUCAUCCUGUAUCUUCAUGGAGGAGCGUACUUUCUGAUGGACCCUUGCACCCAUCGUGUCCCUGUCUCUCACCUGUCGAAGAAGACAGGGGCACCUGUGCUUUCUGUCCGAUACCGUCUGGCUCCGCAAAAUCCUUUCCCGGCUGCGCUCAUUGAUGCGCUGGUAGCAUAUCUUUCUCUCAUAUCCCCACCGCCGGGGUCCUUCCAUCAGCCUGUGUCUGCGGACAAGAUCAUCAUCGCCGGCGACUCUGCAGGAGGGAACCUCUCCCUAGCGCUCCUGCAGACCAUUCUCACACUGCGGCGCGUAUCCCCGAUGGUUCGCUUCCACGGACGGGAAAUGCCAAUCGAAUUACCCGCCGGCAUUGCGGCCAUCUCGCCCUGGUGUGACCUCACCCGAUCGAUGCCCUCCCACUUCAACAACGCGCAAUACGACUACCUCGAUCCCCCAACCGCUCCUCCGGUGACUGAAUUCCACCCGAUGCCAUUCCCUCCAGACGAUGUUUGGCCCGCCAAUCCUCCCCGUGUCGACUUGUUCAUCAACGCCAGCACCACCCUACAUCCCCUCGUAUCGCCGCUCGCCGCCCGCAAGGAACUCUGGAAAAACGCGCCUCCCGUCUUCAUCAGUCUGGGCGAGGAGGCUCUCGCAGACGAAGAUCUGAUCCUCGCGCGGAAAAUGUAUCAAGCCGGAGCCCCCGUUGUGGUCGAACAGUUCGAGGGCAUGCCGCACUGUCACGGACUCAUGAUGAUCAACACUCACGCCGGCCGCCGCUUCUUUAAAGGCCUGACCGGAUUCUGUCGCGAUGCCGUCGCCGGUCGUGUCGGGAGUACGGGAAACCUUACACGGCUUGGUCCCAUGAUACAGUCGGUCCAGGAAGUGCCCUUGGACAGUCUUGAUCUGUUGAGUGAUGAGGAAGUCGAUGAGCGACUGAGGAAAAGUCAGCGAUGGAGGGUAGAGGCUGAGAGACAGUUGCUGAGUGAGUGGAAGGAGAGAGCGAGGCUGUAA